AGUGCAGGUGGGGGGGCUCCUGUCAUUGGGACCUUGCGGGGGGGGGGAGGGCAGGCAUGGGUGACCCCCCUCCCUUCCCCCCCUCUCUUUCAGCCUCUCACCUGGAUCCCCAGGGGCUCCCCCUUCCACACGGCCAAAGUCGAAGUGGCCUUCGCUGCCCCUGGGUUGGAAACCCGUCUCCAUCGUCGGUGGCUGCCAAAGGGGACCGGCGGAGGUGCGUGCCCAGCGCAGCAGAAGCUGCUCCCCCCCCUCUGGGAGAGGCUGCCCAUAGUCCAGCCAUUGUGGGCACACGGUAGACGCCGCCGUGCCGUCUUCCUCCCUCGCCCUGCCCCAAGUGGCACCAAGAGACUGGCAUCCAAGGCUGGCCGUGCCCAAGAGGACCAAAGCCGCUUGACCUCAGCUUGGCUCAACUUCAGGGUAGAGAAGGACCCUUGGAAGCCAGCUGACCUGGCCCGAAGGACCCUCCAGAAUCUCCCGGGCAGUGCCAGCGUGGUCCCUGGGCAUGGGCGUGCCACCAAACGAGGCGCACGACCACCUCUGCCCAGCGCAACCACAGAUGCCGGUGCAGCACGCAAGGCCGGGUGCCGAUGCCCAGACAGCCAGCGGGCUACCGUGGUGGGCCAGCAAGCGGAGGCUCGUCCGGAGGGUCUCCGUGUGCCCACCCCCCGCACAGAGGAAGCGGCCUGGGCCGCCAGCGCUCUGAUUUUCUUGCUGGUGCUCCUGACCCUGGCUAUACUCUACACCCGUCUGCACCGGAAAUGCCGCCGCGGGCCAAGCCUCUACUGGAUGACCAACAGCGAGGAAGGGCGCGAGACGGUGGCCACUGUCAUGAAGCACCGUCUCUUCUCGCGCACCAGGCGCACCAGGCGCCCACGGCCGCCGCUUCAGCCGCCACAGCAGCCGCCACAGCUGCUCCUGCCCAGCUCCUCCAGCGAGGACGAUGACAGCGCCGCCUGAAGGCCUCGCCUGGCCCAGCCUGUCCGGAGGGGCCACCAGCCCAAAGCCCACCGCCCAAGGAGGGAGGGAGGGAGGGAGGGAGGGAGGGAGGGGCUCCAGCCAUGACCGCUGCGUUCGUUUUUCAUACUCAAUAAAGUAUAUUUUCCUACAUA